UGCACAUUUCUUGAAGCCGCAGCCGCAAAAGCACCACCAAGCAAGACGACAAAGCCCACAAAUUGCAGCUAUAUAAUUUCACUAUAAAACAAUUGCAGACAGCACCAUGUUUUUUACUUUGCUUGUUUAGUUACAUUCGAGUGAUUGAUUGGGACGCGAUUGGUAGCAACACUUUGUGUAUGGAACGGAACAGCGGCAGUUACAACUGACAGAAAAAGAAGCGCAUAACCAACCAAGGAGUUGACCGAUAUAAUUUUAUAAAACUGAAUCGCUUGUGAGAAAAAAUAAUCUUAAAUUUAAUCUAUUUGGUAGAAAAUAUGAGUGGCGCAAAGAAAGUGGAAGUACCAACGCUCGAACUGAGAUACAAAAUCCAACCGCGUAAAGAUGUUGAACAGGCGCUGUCGUCUCCAGACUUCGAUCCUUUCGCAGAACGCAAGGUGGAGCAUCCUACAACUGAUAACGAAACGCUCACGCAUCUGCUGAAGGCUUCUUUGGGUACUGGCAUCCUGUCUAUGCCCAUCGCCUUCAUGUACUCAGGCAUUGUGCUUGGAAUUUUUGCCACUAUCUUCACAGCUUUCAUUUGCACACACUGCAGUUAUGUACUCGUGAAAUGCGCACACAAACUCUACUAUAAAUCGCGUCGCACGCAGAUGAGUUUCGCUGAAGUUGCUGAGGUGUCCUUCCAAAAUGGGCCAAAAUGGGCGCGCGGUUUUGCACCAGUCGCCAAAUUUUCCAUACUUUUCGGACUCUUCCUGACCUACUUCGGAACCUGUUCCGUGUAUACAGUUAUUGUAGCAAAGAAUUUCGAACAGGUUAUGGAAUAUUGGUUAGGCUAUGAAAUUUCGCUACGCCUACUCAUCUCAGCACUGCUGAUUCCUUUAAUUCUUCUCUCAUGGAUACCAAAUCUGAAGUAUCUGGCACCCGUCUCCAUGGUGGCUAAUUUGUUUAUGGGUCUUGGAUUGGGAAUAACUUUCUAUUAUCUGGUUAGUGAUUUGCCUCCGAUAACAACCCGUGAGUUCGCGAAAGUCUCCACAUUGCCAGCUUUCUUCGCCAUCACCAUAUUCGCCAUGGAGGCAAUCGGUGUUGUAAUGCCAUUGGAGAAUAACAUGGAAAAACCACGUCACUUCCUCGGAAUCUGCGGAGUGCUGAGUCAGGGCAUGUCCGGUGUUACUUUGAUCUACAUGGCGCUCGGUUUUCUGGGCUACUUGCGUUAUGGUACAGAUACAGAAGAAAGUAUUACACUGAAUUUGCCGGUGCAUGAAUGGCCUGCGCAAGCUGUCAAGGUGUUGAUCGCUUUGGCCGUGUACUGCACAUUCGGUCUACAGUUCUAUGUAUGUCUUGAAAUUGUCUGGGAUGGUAUCAAAGAUAAAUGCACGAAGCGACCAGUAUUUGUAAAUUAUGUGUUAAGAACCGUACUCGUCACUGCCGCCGUUGUGUUGGCCGUUUCAGUGCCAACCAUCGCUCCAUUCAUGGGACUAAUUGGUGCCUUCUGCUUUUCCAUACUUGGACUUAUAUUCCCUGUGCUGAUCGAGCUAAUCACCCAUUGGGACACCGGCUUCGGCCCAUUUAACUGGAUCCUCUGGAAGAAUGUCGUCAUUGGAUUUUGCGGUAUUGCAGCACUCAUUUUUGGAUCUAUGAGUGCUAUAAAUGACAUUGUGAAAAUGUAUACAUCAAGCCCUACGGCAGGCGAAAGCAGCACAUAGAAGCUACAGCAUUAUUACUGGCUCAAUAGCACCGAAAAUCAGAGAGCGCUUUGAUAUAUGAAGUCGCACCGCAACCCACUAUGUCGCUACACCGUUGGAUAAUUUCAUUGGAUUUUAAUUUUAGUACUAAGUAAAAGUACAUAAUUGAUAUAACUGUCUCUAGUAUCUCUAUACACAUACAUACAUACAACGUGUUCUGUAAAUAUACGUGUAUGUAUGUAUGUACAUAUAUGAAUAGUCUAGGCUGAAAAAUUAGGGGAAAAUAUUUUUUAGAUAUACUAAUAGCGAAACCGUGUAUUAAAAAAGUGCCUCUUUGUAAAAUGUAAAUUUUUAUUAAGUUUAAAACAGAAAUGUAUAUCACUCAAACAACUUUUGCUUUAAUAGAUAAUAUGUGCAUUCAUAACGGUAUUAAGUACCAAAUAUUCUCGUUGUGAUUGCGCUUUGUAUAUACAUAUGUAAAUGUAGCUAACAUUUCCAAUUGUUGAUUGAAAGUUUUAGAGAAACUGCUGAUUUUAGAGCGUAUCAUUUUAGGUUGCUGAUGGCUCAUUCAACAUAGUUGUGUACAUAUUUAUAUAUAAAUGAAUCCAUGUAAAAUGUAGGCCCUUAUUCAUUAGCUUUUAAUGUUUUAAAGUUUUUUUAGUAAUACUAAAUAAGUAGUACUUCAAAAUAUUGUAUUUUUACAUUUUUCGCUUUUGGAAAAAUUCACUACAUACUUAUGUAGUAUUUGACAUCAGUAGGCCAUCCAUUUUUAAUUACUCAAAAUCGAUUUAUGUAAUUAAAAGUUUAUUGUAUGAAGAAUAAUUAUGAAAAUCAAGUAAAGAGGUUCUAAAUAUUAAAUACAGUAUAUUACUUUAGGUUUUAUGGGCUUAGAAAAUAACAGACUUUCAAAAUAUUUCUUCAUUAUGCAGCUUAAAUUGGGAUGAAAAAAUAUCAACGUGCCCAUAAAAACGUUGGCGCAUAAUUUUUAUGACUAUGGUUGCAUUUAAACAAAUACUCGCGAAUACAUUAAUAGUCAAUGAAGGGAAUCUUUACUUAGCAUUAUAUUUACAUGGUCAAUUUGCAGACAUGGAUACCAGACCCUCCAUUUGUCUCCGGUAAUAAAUACUUAUGUAUGUAUGUACAUAUAACAUGCAUGUGUUUGUACAUAAUCACAUGUUAUGUGGUUAUAUAAAUCCAACCGAAUUCAAAAAUAAAGAAUUAUACUAUU